AUGAAUCAGAUUGCUGUAAAUACUACCCUUGGUGGAUGCUUCAUGGAAAAGUUAUUUGUCAUUACACGUUUGCUCGAUAAGCUCACCACCCACAAUCAAGCUUGGCAUUCAAAUGAUAACGAGAGCUUGUCUUAUAGUAGUCUAUCACUAGCCGUUGUCGCAAAGGAGAACCAUGAGAGGGAUCAUGCCUUUGCUCAAUUGCAAACUACGGUGGAUCUAUUAUCAAAGAAAUUGGCAGAGAAGGAUGCACAGGGGGUAAAUGUUGUUGAGGAGUUACCACCUCCUCCACCAGGGAUGUAUCAAGUCCCUGAGGGGAUGUACCAAGAGGGGCAACAACAUUAUGAAGAUGCUAAUUAUGUCAACAACUCCCAAGGGGGUUAUCAGAGGCAAAAUUAUCAAGGGAACAAUUACAACAGAAAUGAUCAGGGAAAUCCCAAUCAAGGGAAUUACAAUAACAACAAUUAUGGAAAUAAGAGCUCUAACCCCUAUAUUCCGCCAAAGGGACAAUCAUCAAAUUCUCAGCAGUGGAGAGACAAUUCAGCUAGCAAUGCUGCUAAUGAUUCUGCUAAGCUAAAGAGCAUGAUGCAGAAAAUGCUAAUGAACCAGGACAGAACAGAAAGCACAAUAAAAGGAAUGUCUCAGAAGCUUGAAUCACAAUUCAGAGACCUUUCCAGAGAAGUGUAUACUCCUCAAUGUGGACACCUACCAAGUCAUACAGUUCCAAAUCCGAAAGGUAAUGGGGUAAACUCUGUGGAGCAUGUAGCUGUUAUUAGCACCCGAAGUGGAAAAAUAAUUCAAGAUGCUGAUAAAAAGGUGAUUGAUCUUGAGCCGAUUGUUGACGAAGAGGCACAACCUAAUAUGUCUGAUACUAUAGUGGAGGAAGAAACAUAG